UGAAAACCCUGUUUGAUUCAUUAAAAUACAAUUUGUUCGAGAAUGAACAUUGUUGCCCCGGAUUUCUCUGUCCUUGAGGGCACAGCGAUGUAGGUAGCUCUAUUUUAUAAGUUAGCCUUCAGUCAACAUCAGUUGAUAUAAACUUGACUUGCUUUGGAAGACAUUUUCUCAGCCUGUAUCUGACUAAAGUAUAGAUUACUGAUGCUUUCUUUUUGUCCCUUGGAGCAGUGUGGUUUGACCUAUAGGAGGCAAGCAGUCUAUUUGUUAUUGUGGUUAAUUGUGUGGCUGAUUGUUAGGGCACAUGGUGCUCGAACUAGCUUAGCUCAGAGUUUGACUCUGUGGUGUACAGACAGUGACUAACUAAUUAAGUUGUCCCUCGUUUGGUUAAAACUGCAUUGCUGCCAAUGCUGCAUACCUUUUCUGGUAAACAUAGUAUUGCAGGUCUGCUUUGGUCACUUUUGGUAUUGGUUUUUCUAGUUUAUUGAUCUGAGAAUCUUGGGCUUUGGUCUCAGGAGGCUCAAAGCGCUGUGCGGUAGAAAAAGCCUAGCAGUGUUUGUUGUUUUGCUUAGAUGGGACUGAGCUUCUGUACUGUUUUGUAGCAGCAACACUUCUGCACUGUGAGGAUUAAAGACAACACAUGUCAUAAGUUCUUUCUAAGUACCACAAGGUGCUAAAUUCAACAGUGUUAUUGCUCCAAGUUCAUCUGUGCGUGCAUUGUGAUACAGUGUCUAAAUUGCUUGCUCUGUUAGCACCCUGAGCUCUGACCAAACUUGUGUAUUGCAUGCAAGCUCUGGCUACAAUUCAGCUUUAUGUGACUUUCCAGCUAAAACAGUUUUUCUUUGCAUGUGUUGUGAUGCAACGUAGCACAUUCGAUUCCUUUCUUUAAGUAUUGUCCUCAGACAACAUCUUCUGUCUGAUUGCACUGAAGUAGAGCUGGGCAGUUAGUGUGUGCACGUGUCUGCAGUAUUGCAGUUGAGAACAAAUCAGAGUGUGUGUGUGUGUGUGUAUAUAUAUGUGUGUGUGUGUGGAAUAGUUUGUCUGUAGCAGUGCAGGCAGGGUCACAGAGGAGCCAUUGAUCAAACGUGCACAUCCACACAAACACACAUUCACACAUACACACACAGCUUCUCAAUACACAAUGAGGCCUGUCCGGAGCUCUGUCCUCUGCCGCCUCCUCCCUGCCCCCUUCUCUCUGGCCCUGCGCAGCUUGGUCCUGGUCCUGCUCUGCAUCACUCCCCGUUGUCAGGCAGUACAGGCAGAGAAUGUGACAGUCUUGGAGGGAGGUACGGCCCAGAUCUCCUGCCGCCUGCAGAAUUACGAUGGAUCAAUUGUGGUCAUCCAGAAUCCCCGCCGGCAGACCCUCUUCUUUAAUGGCACACGAGCUCUGAAGGACGAUCGUUUCCAGAUGGUGCUCUUCACGCCACGGCUGGUGCGCAUCACGUUGACCAAUGUCAGUGUCAUGGAUGAAGGCGGCUACUUCUGCCAGCUCUACACGGACGCCACACACCACCAGGUGGCGACACUCUCCGUUUUGGUGCCCCCGGAGACGCCCACGGUGGAGGUGAAGCAGGAGGCCGUGGAGGGCGGCGAGGUGGAGCUCACCUGUGUGUCACCGCGCAGUAAGCCAGCCGCCACCCUGCGCUGGAUCCGUAAUGGCCGGGAGAUACCAGGCGUGGUAUCCCAGCAGGAGAACGCGAAGACGUUCAGCGUGUCCAGCACCAUCCGGAUUCCAGUAGAAAGGAAAGACAACGGGGCAGCACUGAGCUGCGAGGCAUUCCACCCGGCCCUGGGCGGCCAGAAGAGGAUUCGACACUACCGCCUGGAUGUGUAUUUUGCACCUACAGUGAGAAUUGUUCCUCCUACUGGCAUUUUGCGAGAGGGCGACUCGCUUAGCCUGACCUGCUCCGUCACUGGGAACCCUCUGCCAAGGAAUAUUCAGUGGUCCAAGAUCAAUGAUACCUUACCUGAGAGAGCAGAGAUUUCUGGCCCCACUUUUCAGAUUUCCCGUCUCAGCCAAUCACACAACGGGACAUACUUGUGCCAGGCCCAGAACAACUUUGGACGAGCUGCUGAUCAUUACACCCUAUUGGUUUAUGAUAAUGUGUCACUCACUACCACGGUCCCUCCCACUCCUACCACCAAACCAAUCACCUCCCAUCCCACCACCCCAACCCUCCUAACACGCCGCUUUGCCCCGGACCCGAAAGGAGAGAUGAAGUGAAGGGAACGGGAGAAUUCUUCUUGUUCUUCAGUCGCUGCUGCCGUCAUCUCUGGCAGAAAGAGGUUGUUCACCUGCUGGGCAUGCGUGGAAAUGUCAGAGAGAGUCAUAGGAAAAGCCAUGCCUCGAACACUUUGGUGAACGUUUAGUCGAUGUUGAUGUAUCAUCUGAGAGGCUCCUCAGAGAAACAAGACACUAUUAAUACUGUCAGUCAUUUCCUGUGGAGCUUUGGACCGGGGUGGAUUAAGAACAGGGUGGCAUGAGGUAAGGCCGAGCAUUUGAGUGCUUGCUUUUUCAUCCCCUGUGAAAUACUGCCUGGGCCCACUGCUUGAUCCUAUUGCAGUUAAAUCACACGUGUCCUGUGUGUCUACAGAGGCAGCGAUUCAUUCAUUCUAUCAUACCACACACUUAUGCCAAUACUUGAUCAUACACAUAAGCAGGAAAGUGAUGCACUUUACACAGCACUCAAUGAGACACCAAGACCAAGAAAUACAUGCACAAGGACGUAUCGUCUUUUCUUCAGUUGUCAAUCCAUGCUCUUCUUCCUUUCCUUCACCUCUUUCAUCACUUUCUAUUUCUUUCCUGAUCUCUAUGUGUUAGCACUGUAUUAAUGAUUCAUGUUUUAAUUCUGCUCUGUUAAGGUGCAGGAACUGCAUCAAUAACACUGUCUCCUUGCCUCUUAUUGGUCUCGCCAGCCCCAUAAAAAAGAAGCUUUUUGUUAUUGUCACCAAGUCAGACACUGUCUCAGUAUUUAAGUCCAGACUCAAAGAGUUAUAUUUUUGCAGUACAAAUUACCUUUAUUCAUAAAAUUGCAACCAUUUUCCUUCAUUUUCUUUAUAUCCUUCCUGUCUAUCACCUGCUUUUAUUGUUGUCAGCCAGUAUUUACCGCUGAAAUUGUGCAUAGGCAUACCGUGUUUCUGUCAAGGUUUGCCUUUAUUUUUCUUUAUGGUCUAUAAUAGUGCUGGAACUAAUUAAUUGAUUAUUAAUUUUGUUUUUUUGGUCUAAAAAAUGACAGAAAAUACAAAAAAAACACCCAUCACAGUUUCUCAGAGUCUGUCUUUUAAUUGGUUAUUUUGUCCAAUCAGCAGUCCAAAACCCCAAAUUAUUCUUUUUGUGUGUAUAAAACACAUUUGAGAAUCUGGAUCCAAUGAAUUUUUAGCAUUUUCGCCUAAUAAAUGACCUUUUUGAUGCCAUUCAAUUUUCUGUCACUUGACUAACUGAUUAAUAGACUAAAUGUUUUAACACUAACCCGUAUGUCCUGUCAUCAUUCCUCUAUUUUUAUUUUCGU